AUGUUCCGGCCCGACACUGAGCUUGUUACCCGGGAUUCUGUCUGCAUGCUUUACGGCGCUGACAUGACAUCCCAACCCUGGCACAACGGCGGCCAUCGACCUUUGACUGAGAAAAAAGGGCUGACCCCAGGAAUCUUACAAAUCCUACUGGGAGCAACUGCCUGGACAAGAGAAGAAAAGGGACAGGCGGUUGUCCAGCACUUGCUAGAUGUUGAUGCAGACGUACACCAGGAUGCCGAGUUUAUCCACAAUUUCAUCAACCGGCCUUCAAAUCCAGUGAAGUUUGCUUUGAGCGAAGGGGAUGUUCCCCUAUUACGGAACUUGUUGACCGUCUAUCGCAUUGUUGACUACGCUGAUAGCCGAGGAUACAUGCAAUACGCCCUCAAAUAUGGAACCCUUGAGUAA